AUAGGCAUGGAGUAUUGGCUGGAAGCCAAGGAGGCAGGUAUGUUGAGUAAAAACGAAACUCUGUGUCAGGUAUUUAUACAGGCAAUCCACACAGUACACCUGCACGACUUCGCCACACUCAGCCAGACAAGCAGAAGCAUGAGCACAAUGUCUCUGAAAGUUAUAACCCUCCUUCUGCUGGCGUCCAUCCUCUGGAGCUCUUCAGAAGCAAACACUGAAGGUGCAGUUGACUGCUGUUUAGCAACUAGUGAGAAGGUAAUCCCGAGAAAAGCUGUCGUUUCCUAUAGCAGGCAAGAAGCUGAUGGGGACUGCAUAAUCUCAGCAGUUUUGUUCAUCACUAAGAACGGCUAUAGACUUUGCGCGCCCCCCAACGCCAAAUGGGUGAAAGCGUUGAUAAGGAAACUAAACAAAAAGGCACAGGCCAAAAAACUCAAGAAUGAGAAGAAAAGAGGGAAGAGGCCAUGAAGCCAUUGCUGAUUUUGCAUGUUUCGGUUGUAUGGCCUUGGUACCUGCAGUAAAGCUCAUUGUAUUCAAGUGGCAGCAAGAACUGUGGGACUUCAGGUCAAGCUCACAUUUGUCUACAUUGUGAAAAUGAGGACCAAGGAAACCAUUCGAGAAUAAAUAAGCUUUUCUCUACUUUGCCACAGACUGCUAUAGAAAAUAAAUACACAUGUGGUCACAAAGUUGUUAAAGCAGAUUAUUGUAAAGAAUAAUAAUCAAUACUUGUACUGAAAGGAAUGACUCAUGAUAACCAUGGUGAAGGAUUUCUGUAAUAAACUGUGAAUACAAUAGACUACAGUCAUUUCCCAAUAUACCGUACGAAGCAAUGAUACAGUACUUUAUCAGAUGUGAAAUAUAAAUUAGUUGAAUAUAUUUUUAUACUUUUGUACGUUUUGUAUUAUUUCAAUAUGCUUCAUCUUGGAUAUAUCGUUUGUGAACCUUUUUGUAAAUAUGUUUAAUCUUAGAGUAUUAAAUGAAUUAAGAAUCCAAAAA